UGAACCUGUAAUUGGUGUUAUUUAAAAUUAACUGUGUAUGUUUUUAGUAGGAGGUCGUUUAUCAAAGGUGGAUGUCGAUAAAGUUUCGGGGAUAUACCAAAAUACAAACAAGUUUCUUGCUGGUUUUAUUGACCAUUCUUACAAAGACCUUGACUAUGUUGUGAAGGAUCGGAUGUUUUUAGAAAACUUGUUUGACAUAGAGUUUUAUGAACCUACUGAAAGAGGGUAUUUUUAUAAUGAUAAUGGACAUUCUUUUGAUGCUACUUUGUUUAUUGGGAAUGAAGGAACUAUUCUGAUGUUUGACGUGUUGUUAUUUUGUUUGAUUGACAACGCCACUCAAGACUUUAUUCUUUCUGCCAUUGUAACGUUUUUUAUUAACAAGGUCAUCAUCUAUGUGAGACGCAACAGUGGAAGACGAAAUGUUGUGAGGAAAGCUCUUAUCGAUGAACGUUUUCUCACCUGAAUAACUUUCUGAAUUUUCUCUCCUCUAUUUUCCAGUGAUCUCUGCACUUUAAUACUUGAUCUGUAUCUCUCUUAAAGAUGAAAAUAUAAAAAUAAUUUAUUAAUUAGAUUUCAUAUUUGUGCUCUGGUGUACUCACGCUCUAUGAAAAAAAAUGUAGAACUUUGAAAACAACUUCGUAUCGGGAUAUGUGACGUCGGACUUUGACAAAAAUCACAGCUAUGAUGUACGUCAUUAUUGAAAGUUAACGUCACUGUUUUAGAACACUUAGAUCUUCCCACGCUUAUUGUUGCUUUAACUUUGAUCACUAGUAAUGAAUUAGAGUAGACGGACGGUACAAACGUACUUGUAAUCGAUCCUUCUAACAGUUUCUUCUCUUAUUGACAUUUGUUCUCUUGGUGGUUUUAUCCAGAUUCCUCGUCUACAUCUAAACAUGAACUUAAAAAUAAAAAUUGAUCUAUGACAAAAAUAUGGGUUUUUUUGAAAGUAGGUUUUUUUAAAGAUCCGUAGACUCGUAAUGAGUGCACAAAAUUUGAUGUUAGUGUCAGAUGUCAGCAGUGGAUUGUAAACAGAAGUUUUAAGCCUAUUGAUUGUUUUAUUUUGUGUUGUAUUUCAGUACCUGAUAAUAAUAAGAUUGUUUAAUUUUUGUACUAAAAGUAAUAACAGUAUCAUGAAACAGUUACGAAAGCAGCACUCAUUUAAGUUUCAGUAGACGUUAUUUUGUUUCAUUCUCGCCAUUUGUUUUACGGUGAAUAAAUAUUUGUUCUUGUUCAUGUCUUCGUAAAGAUAUAAAUUACCACAAACUUUCCUCGUGUCAAAAGUAAGAUAAACAACCCAUAAUAGUAAUUAUAAACUUAUCGACCAUUUCAACGAGUUUCUAAAAACAUACCUGGUAAUGAUGAAAGUCCCCCCCCCCCCUUCUCAGUGUGUCGUUGGUAAGUUUAUGGAAUUUAGCGCAGAAAUUCGAGGCCUGGCUUUUCCUGUCAUGGGCAGAGCAUGUAUUGUCCAUUGUCAAGCUUUACAUUAAAAUCAAAGAAACUAAUGAAGAUGAAUAUCUGUAUUCAUUAAAAAGUUCCUUGAACUUGAAAAUAAAAAUGUAACUUUUGGUUUUUUCUCA